GAAGAUUUUCCAAAACCCAAUGUUACCACUUGUCCUGAUGGCUGGUUUUCCGGAUCAGGAAUGUAUUGCUACAAAGUUUUCAACAAAGAGAGAUUACUGAGGCAAAGAACCUGGGAGGAAGCUGAAGGAAUGUGUGAAGAGUUUGGUGGCCAUCUUGCUAGUUUUCCUCAUAUACAGGAAAUGAAAAACUUUCACGUGUUCCUAAAAGCAAGCAUGAGCCAAAAGCGAUGGAUUUGGGUCGGCUUGAAUAAAAGAAACUUGGGAAGCUGGGAGUGGAGUGAUGGCCGUCCUAUCUCUUCAACUGUACUGGAUGAAUUUCAGGAAGAGGACUAUUUCCUUCGAGACUGUGCUGCAUUGGAGAUUAAUGCACCAAUGCAAAGGAAUGUCUGGACAUGGCAUUUUGAACCAUUGCAUGAGCAGGAAUACAGCCUGCAGCCAUUCCAUUGUGAAGCCCAACUGGAAUGGGUGUGCCAGAUUGCCAAAGGUGUCGUCCCGAAAACUCCACAGUGGUAUCAGCCA